GCCAUUUCACAUCCGUGCCGUUUGUAAGCUAGCCUCUCCCAGCAGUCUGUUUACUUCUUCUGUCGCCGUGUGUGUUUGAUGAGGUGUGGAGGAAAGAGGAGAUGUGGUCCUUUUUCGCCAGGGAUCCUGUCAAAGACUUCGCUUAUGAAAUUCUCCCAGACACCCAAGAAAAGUCUGGAAUAUGGACUCUACACCGGGGGAAGCGAAAGACCAGUGGAGAGCCAGUGUCUGUGUUUGUGUACGAGGUAGCACAGGGCACAGAGCAGCAGACCCAGCUGGCCAAGGCUGCCUUCAAGCGUAUGAAGACCCUGCGUCACCCCAACAUCCUGGCCUAUGUGGAUGGAUUAGAGACAGAGAAGAGCCUGUACCUGGUUACUGAGCAGGUGACCCCCCUGGCAGUCCACCUGAAGGCCCAGGCAGAGAAGGGCGGUGCGGGGGAACUGGAGAUCUCCUGGGGACUGCACCAGAUAGUGAAAGCUGUGAGUUUCCUGGUCAACGACUGCCACCUGCUCCACAACAACUUGGGUGUAUGGGCCGUUUUUGUGGAUCGAGCCGGAGAGUGGAAGCUAGGGGCCCUAGACCAUGUGGCCCCUGAGCAAGGCGACCCAAGUGGGAUCGCACUCCCUACCCCAAAGGCUGUUUACCCAGACAUGGAAAAAUAUGACCCACCAGAGAUGUCCAACAGCAGUGGCGAGAAAUGGGCAGGGGAGGUGUGGCGACUAGGCUGCCUGAUCUGGGAAGUGUUCAACGGACCACUACCUCGCACUUCCUCCCUUCGUUCACUGGGAAAGAUCCCCAAGGCCCUGGUCCCUCAUUACUGUGAACUGGUUGGGGCCAAUCCACGGGCACGGCCCAACCCAGCUCGCUUUCUCCAGAACUGUAGAGCCCCCGGUGGAUUCCUCAGCAACAGCUUUGUGGAGAGCAACCUUUUCCUGGAGGAGAUACAGAUCAAGGAGCCAGCCGAGAAGCAGCAGUUCUUCCAGGAUCUGAGCGACAAUCUGGACUCUUUCCCUGAAGACUUCUGUAAACACAAGGUUCUGCCUCAGCUGCUCACCGCCUUCGAGUUUGGCAACGCAGGCGCUGUCGUCCUCACACCGCUCUUCAAGGUUGGGAAAUUUCUUUCAGCAGAAGAAUAUCAACAGAAAAUCAUCCCAGUCAUCGUGAAGAUGUUUUCCUCCACAGACCGAGCCAUGAGGAUACGACUGUUACAGCAGAUGGAGCAGUUCAUUCAGUAUCUGAAUGAGGCAGCUGUCAACUCCCAAAUUUUUCCUCACGUUGUUCACGGCUUCACAGACACUAACCCUGCCAUCAGAGAACAGACUGUUAAGUCUAUGUUGCUACUGGCUCCCAAACUGAAUGAGACCAACCUGAACCAAGAGCUCAUGCGUCACUUUGCCCGGCUGCAGGCCAGAGACGAACAAGGCCCAAUCCGGUGCAACACCACCGUCUGCCUGGGCAAGAUCGCUUCCUACCUCAACGCCGGGACUCGACAGCGUGUUCUAAUCUCUGCCUUCUCAAGAGCCACUAAAGAUCCCUUCCCAGCUUCACGCUCUGCGGGCGUGCUGGGCUUCGCCGCCACACAUAACUACUACAGCAUAACAGAGAUCGCUGCCCGCAUCCUCCCCACCCUGUGUGCCAUUACUGUUGACCCCGAUAAGAGUGUCAGGGACCAGGCAUUCAAAGCCAUCAAGAGUUUCCUCUCCAAACUGGAGACUGUGUCAGAAGACCCGACCAAGCUGGCUGAUAUAGAAAAGGAUGUAGCAUCAUGCGCUCAGCCUGCAGGUGCCUCUUCCGGCUGGGCCGGCUGGGCCGUGACCGGCAUGUCCUCGCUAACUUCUAAGCUGAUCCGCAAUGCUCCAGGGACAGAAGGGGGUGCAGCAGCUGAGGCCAGCGGGCCCACCACCACCACCACUGGUGCCACCGAUGCAGCACCUGCACCUGCACCUGCACCUGGUUCUGAAGAUAAAACUCCACAAGCCUCUCUGAGUCACCACGCUGCCUCUAGUCGUGCCAACCAAUCACAGAGUCUUGAAGUAACAGACAAUGAUGAUGAGGCAGUAGGAGACCGCUGGGAUGACGAGGAGGACUGGGGCAGUUUGGAGGAGCCAGAGAAAGCUCACACAGAGCCUGAUGACUGGAACAGUGACUGGUCGGGAAUGGCAUCAUCCAAAAAGGCCAGUGACAGAGGAGAGGGCCGAUCAUCCUCCUCCAUGACAGUGAAAAAGCAGAGCUCUGACUGGAGCAGCUCAGGCUGGGACGCUGACGACAGUUGGUCCAACGAGAAGGAAGGCCAGGGUCAGAGCUCCGCGGGCGAGGAGGGCUGGGGCAAUGACUGGGGGGAGGAGGAGACGGACACAACCCUGACCAAUAAGACGCUCCCCCUGCCCGAAGGGGUGCGGUUAGCCAGCGAGUACAACUGGGACAGCACAUCAAAGGGAGCCAGUCAGAACGACCUGUUCGCCAGCGUGUCCCAGAGGAAUACAGCCAACACUGCUGCCCCCACGGCUGGAGAUGGCUGGGGUGCAGAGGCAACAGGAGACUGGGGAACUGAGGAGAGCUGGGAGUCAGUGGAUGGAAGUCAGGGUCUCAGCAAGGCUGAACUGUCCAAGAAGAAACGGGAGGAGAGGAGGAAAGAGCUGGAGGCGAAACGCGCAGAGCGCAAAGCUGCUAAAGGUCCUCUUAAACUCGGCGCACGUAAACUGGACUGACGAGGACGCAGAGAGAGAGAGAGAGAGAGAUGAGGGUGGGGAUAGAGAGGGAGGAACAUGGCCUGCAGUUGCUGAUCCCAGAGCAGUGGAUGGAGGCUUGACAUUCCACAAGGAAAGGACCAGGAAGAAGUGUUAGCAGUGAAUACUGUGAAAGAGGUUUGUUGGCUGAGCAGAGGAAACUUUUACCUCUGCUGAGUAGAUGACUCUCAGCCUUUAAGGAACUGACAGAUAAGUGAAAAAGCAACAAUUCAGUGCUUUAUGAAUGCAGUGUUGUGGGUGGAAGAGUUAAAACAAAGGAAAACAAAAGCAGAGACAUAAGAGUGGAAAACACAACCCAGAGAGACAUGAAGCAGCACAGAGCAGCAGCAGUUUAAUAAAAUGUCCCACUGUUGUUUUUUUUUUUUCAUAACUCAUAAAGUUACAGUUGUAAAGUAAGUGUAUAUAAAGGUGCAUCUUGUCUUAAAAUGACAUGAAGAAAUAACACUUUUUUUAAAAAGACGAAACGGAAAUAUAUAUAACAGAAUUUCAGAAUCAAAUGUAUUAUUAUACUGAAUGUUUUUCAGUCUGCACACACACACACACACACACACACACAUGGUGGAUAUGAAUGUUUUAGUUCAGCUUUCACUUAAUUACAGAUUUAAGACUUUAAAUCAAUCCAUGCAUGCAUUUGUGUAUUUGUGUGACCUAACAUGCUCCAUGGCAAGAAAUUACAAAUGUGCUGAGUUUACUCUGCAAAUACAACACUGUAUUUUACUGUAGUCAACUGGCCUGACAGGUGAGUCAUUUGACUGAAUCUGUAAAAAUGAGAAACAUGCACUGCAGACACAGAGCAGCUGGACCAUGGAAGUACUGUAUGUUGUCAAAUAGAAGCUGGAAACCUGGUUUCAAGGGAAAAUCAAUUUGUGUGUUUAAAAGCCAUUUCCAAUGUCUCCCAUAGGGUGUAGUGUCGUGGUGGAGGGUUUAUGAAAUCAAAGGGGUUUUAUUCUGAAGUCUUGUCAUACAUUUGUACUUGUAUAAUCCUACAGAUCUCACUCAAACCUGUUGAUCAUUUUAGGAUGUUAAGAUUUACCCUGCAGUAAUUUUAGUCAAUAUUGGUUGUGUUCUGGGUAAAGGAGAAUUUCCUUUUACUCUUUUAUUUGUGCCUUUAUUUAAUUGGAAAUUUUCUCUGAAGAAUCACAUCUAAGAAACCUCAGAUUUCAACUGAAAAUUUCACAAGUGGACCUGAAACCAACAGAUUGUUUGUUUCCAUGUGGUGUUGUUAGGUUUGUUGUUACUUACAAUACAAAAUGCUGUAUGGAUAAGCCAGCUGACACAAUCAACAGCCAUCGCCUUUGGAGCUAAUGUCCUUGUAUGGGGUGGACUGGUCAGGUCAGGUAAGGAGCUAUGCUGCAUUAUUCUGAAGAAGGCUGGAUGCAUUGAUUUACAGAGAAUCCAAAUCAUGUAGCAUGUGAGCUAUUGUUAAAUAAAACAUGCCUCUUCCUUA